CUCCAUAGCUUUAUAAUCUCAAACAAUUUUACUUGCAAUUUCAAAGAUGGCAUCCUCAAUAUUAAUGCCCUUUGUUGUUUUUUGCCUUGUUUUUGCUUCUUUUCUUUUUAUUUCUUCCGAGGUUUCUGCUCGUGAGCUAGCUGAAACUACUACUGAAAAAACUCAAGUAAAAUCUACGGAUGGGUAUCAUGGAGGACACGGUCAUGGUCAUGGCCACGGUCACGGGCCUAUAGAAGAUGAGAAAGAAGCUAACACUGAAGGUUAUGGUUAUCACCAUGGUCAUGACCACGGUCAUGGUCAUGGCCAUGGCCAUGGUCUCCAAGGGAAGGAAGAAGUUAACCCUGAAGGUUAUGGUCACGGUCACGGUCAUGGCCACGGACAUGGUCACGGUCAUGGUCUCUUAGAGAGUGAAGAAGUUAACCCUGAAGGUUAUGGUCAUGGUCACGGCCAUGGACAUGGACAUGGUCACGGUCAUGGUCUUUCAGAGAGUGAAGAAGUUAACCCUGAUGGUUAUGGUCAUGGUCACGGCCACGGACAUGGUCACGGCCAUGGUCUCUUAGAGAAUGAUGAAGUUAACCCUGAAGGUUAUGGAUAUCACCAUGGUCAUGGGCAUGGCCACGGUCACGGACAUGGUCUCCUAGAGAAGGAAGAGGUUAACCCUGAAGGUUAUGGAUAUCAUCAUGGUCAUGGUCACGGUCACGGUCAUGGACUCUCAGAGAAGGAUGAUGUUAACCCCGAAGGUUAUGGUCACGGUCAUGGCCAUGGGCACGGUCAUGGUCCACUAGAGAAGGAUGAGGUUAACCCUGAAGGCUACGGAUAUCAUGGUCAUGGUCAUGGUCAUGGACAUGGUCACUAUCAGCCAAAGAAAGUGGAGAGUAAUGUGAACCCAGAGGGCUAUGGUUAUGGCCAUGGAGGUUAUGGUUACGGUCAUGGAGGUCACGGUCAUGGUCAUGGCGGCCACUAUCCACCAAAGGAACAAGUUAAUAACUAAAUUUAUUAAUGUUCACUGCCUAAUCAUGCAAUUUGAUAUCCGUUUGGUAGGUGUUGUGCUUUAUGCUGGAAAGCAUGCAACAUUGUAUUAGUUGCUAUGAAAAUAAUGCGAGUAUAAGUUUUUAAUUCUGUAACAUCCUUAAAUUUUAGCAUGAAAGGGAAGAAAUGAAGGCAACUAGAUACAUUUGGUGUCUUAGCUUGGUGAUGAAGUGACGCUUCUUAAUUAUGUUUUCAGUUGUGUAUGUGUUAUGUUUGUUGAAUAAAUUUUAAGUAUUUCAGCUCAUUGUAUCCCCUA